CGUGGGAGGGGACGGCGCGCCAUUGGCUUGUGCGCGGCACUAGAGGAGGGACCAGUGCGGGCCGCCAGACUUGGGCGAGCCCGGCAGCGCCAGGAGUCCAGCUUGCCCUGCCCUGCCCUGCCUGCCCGCCCAGCGCGACGCCGCGAUGUGAGACUCCCCGGGCCGGAGCGUCCGCAGGGCACGCCAGCUCCGCGAGCGCAGCAGCCCGCGCGCUAGGAACGUUGUAAGGCCUGAACACAGGAGAGGAAUCCUCGUCUCAGACUCCAGUGCCCAUCUCAGCAUCUGCUCACUGCCCAUCUCAGAGAGGAAACUGAGGCAGCCACAGCACCAUCUUUUCUUAGGCCUUGGGUAGGGCCUGGCCACAUCCUCACCCUACAUUGGGACCUGGGGUCUGGAAGUCCAGCAGGAACGAUGGCUGAGGCCACUGUCUCCCCAUGUCCCUCAGCAGAAGAAAAAAUGGCAGCCAAACAGCCUCCUCCGCUCAUGAAGAAGCACAGCCAGACAGAUCUUGUGAGCCGCCUGAAGACCAGAAAGAUCCUGGGAGUGGGCGGGGAGGACGAUGACGGCGAAGUGCACCGGUCGAAGAUCAGCCAGGUUUUGGGCAACGAGAUAAAGUUUGCUGUGCGGGAGCCUCUGGGGCUCAGGGUCUGGCAGUUUCUCUCUGCUAUGCUGUUCUCCAGUGUGGCCAUCAUGGCCCUUGCCCUCCCUGACCAGCUCUAUGAUGCAGUUUUUGAUGGAGCUGAGGUCACAAGCAAGACCCCCAUCCGCCUCUACGGUGGUGCCCUCCUUAGCAUCUCCCUUAUCAUGUGGAACGCACUCUACACAGCCGAGAAGGUCAUCAUCCGCUGGACUCUGCUCACUGAGGCCUGCUACUUCGGGGUGCAGUCCCUGGUGGUCACUGCCACGCUUGCUGAGACGGGCCUCAUGUCUCUGGGGACCGUGCUGCUCCUGGCCAGCCGCCUCCUCUUUGUUAUUGUCAGCAUCUACUACUAUUACCAAGUCGGCCGGAAACCCAAGAAAGUGUAGCAGGCUAGGACCUGCCUGGGCCUGGACCUGAGCCAGAGCGACUGGGGACUACACUGUCCAUGGGUCCCAGGCAGGCCUGCAGGCAGACAGGCAGGCAGGGUGCACGCACCUUCCUUCCCUCCCAGGCACUCCAUGGAGUCCUCUUGGAUCUUCUGGGAUUCUAGGAAUGACAAACCAGGCUGUGGCCUCUGCACCCCACCCCUCACCCCGUACAGGGACAGCUUCUUGCCCUGUGUUUCUCGGCCUCUAGACUCUAACAGGCACAGUCUAGAGUGGAGUUUUGGGGUCUGGGCUGAGUCAAGGUUAGUUCCUCUACCAGGAAGCCCUUUCUAGGAGAGUGUGCCAGCCCUAGCAGCAGCUCUCAGCUUCUCCCCAUCUAGAAACCCUAUGUGUGAGUCCCUUAUUAUCACACACACACACACACACACACACACACACACACACACACUGCUUCUAGAGACCCAGUUGAGGUCAUCUAGCAAGGAGAGUGACUGCCUCCCUUGGGCCAAUGUCUCCAUCUCCAGCCUGCACAUCUGACCCUCUCUUUGGCCUGCUCUAGGGUAUUCUGAUUCUCUGGCUGGCCCCCUGCACCCCAGAGCCCCAGAGCCCCUUCCCAACAGGCCAGGGUUAGACAAUAUACCACAGGCCUGACAGUCCCUGGCACCUGGCUGUCCAUAGGCUCCUAGUGCAUGAGGAAUUCUAAGGAGAGGCACAGUGGGGACAUUUCCUUGACAUGGCCUCUAAGGCCUGCAUGGCUACACCUGGCAUAGUGCCUCCUCCCAAUCCCCUCCUGAGGCUGCCCCGAGGCCUACGCGUUAAAGCCAACAGCCCCUCACACGCCAACAACGGAAAGAGAUUGAGUUGAGUCUGUCAUCCCUUAGCAGCCCGAAAGUGGGCCUCUAGAGCUGAAGACGUGGCCCUGGUGCCACCAGCCUGUGUGGCCCCUCCCCUUGGUCCUAGCUCCCAGCACCUUCUUACCCUUCAUCAGCAAGCACACUAAGAGAUUUGGCCUGAGGCUUCUCCCUUCUGCAAGGGGGUGGCUCCCUGUGCCAGAGGAAUCUUUCUCUAGGGCAUCUGGGCUCACAGCCUCCCUGGGCUCCGUUGUUCCUGAUGCCAAGUGCCCCGUGACAAUGGCCUGUACCUAGUGGGGGGACUCAGGGAAGUUUCAGUGGGAGACAUGCUCAGCCGUGGCCAGGGCUGCUUCUGUAAUGGAGGUCUGGCAGAGUGGUGAGUCCCUGAGUGUUCAGGAAGGGCCUAUUGUGUAUCUCUGCCUCUUGUCACUGGCUUUGUGUUAGUCCCUCAGUCCCACCUCUGGACUCAGAGCACAGGCCCAGCCACUGCCAGCUCUUAGUACAGUCCCAGCUGCCGUAGACCAGGUGACAUUUGUUGACUGUUCUCAGAGGUGGUGAGAAUUUAUCCUCUUAAAUCCUCUACGAAUGCAGAUACAGUCCCAAGGGAGGUAGUCGUAGAAAUGGAAGAUGCCAGCCAUGCGCAGCCUGCGGGGACAUCUGCCAGGCUUCCCUUCAGCACCAGGAGAUGGCAGAGCCUGCCCUGGGGGUGGUGCCCAGGUCAUCCUGGUUAAACUUCAGUGAUACUUUUAGAUGGGGUGGGGUCAAGGCCAGACUAAGGCUGGCAUAUGUGGCCUAGGAGACACCUGCUUGGAAGGAGGCAGCGAUGGAGAUAGAGCCCCACCCUGAAUCUGAACUCAGGGUGCCCUGACUGUCCCCCCUUCACCGCUCCUUCUGUCGUGCUUCUGCCUGGCCCCCAAGACCGCCUCUGUCAUGGUCACUAUUUAUUCUUGGUCCCUUUUUCUUUUUGUAAGAAACAGUCACAAAAACAAAACAAAACAAAACAAUGAGAAA